GCCGAGCAGGAGGCAAGUGGAAGCUACAGCGAGUGGCAACGUCUUUGAUAGGCAGCAGUGCUGGUGAAAAUCCACUCCGACCAAGCAGGCUCGUGAUUGCCAUCGCUGCCGACCGCUACAUUUUGAGCAGCUGCACACUGCACGCUGCACAACUGCACGCUGCACACACAGCUCGCUAGACGCCAUCGCCGCAGCGCAAAAGCAAGCAAAAAAUGGCAACAGAGCCCUUCGCCUGGGCCUCCGACGAAAGACUCCUCCUGCGCGUCGCCCCCGACGCGCCGCUCGCGCUGCGCGGCGCGGUGACGCUGCGCUGCCUCCGGGGCGCCGCGGCGUGCCACGGCCACGUCUUACGACACAAUCAAACAGUCCUCGCGCACGCGACGAGCCCGGCGCUCGUGCUCCGCUACGAGCGCGCCGGCGACGAGACGGUCGAGGACGCGCCGGCGUGGCUCUGCGAUCAUGUUGUCGUCGAGGUGACCGCGGCAACAAACCAACAAUUGGCGGUCACUGAGGCGCCGAACGUGGCCAACAUCGUGCGUUUCGAGGGCGUGGCCGUGGCGCCCGUAACACAUGCAGCCAUCUGGCGGCCCCUCGCGGAGCCGCAGCCCUGGCGCGAGGCAGCAUUAAGGUUCGCGUCCAUCACUUCGGUGAUGGCCCUCGGCGCGCAAAACGCCGGCAAGUCGACGCUCUGCCGUUAUUUGGCGAACGCGUCCACACAAAAGGUCGCCUUGCUCGAUUUGGAUUGUGGCCAGCCCCUAAGCGGCCCGCCGGGCUUCGUCUCACUCAGACUGCUCGAUGGCCCCUUCCUCGCGGAGACGGCCGCCGACAGCAAUUUUGAGCGACGGAUAUAUCUCGGCGCCACCACGCCCUCGGACGCGCCCGACGCCUACGUCGCGGCCGCCGCUUUACUAAAAGCGCACUGGGCCGCACACUUACGAGACACGAAGCUCGUCGUCAACGCCUGCGGCUGGGUCACGGGUUUGGGUGCCGAGAUUACCGCUGGUUUGAUUUCCACCAUAACGCCGGACGCGUGCUGUAUUUGUGGCGACGACGCCUUUUCUCGGAGGCCGCCGCUAUGCAACGUGAUCCCGAGCCGCAUCGACUGCGGAUCCAUAAUCUGCGAGAAUCGCGGCGCGCCGGCGGCCGCGCGGCGCGUUUUGAGGCUCGCGGCCUACUUUUCCCAGAAACUGAACGUGGACACCGGCCCGCGCGACGCGAACGGCGCGUUAGCCGACGCGACGGGCCGCGUCGCCGACGCAAUAUGUCGCGCGCGCGGGACGCGGCUCGCGCUCUCUUCUACUGUUUUGGUAAUGGUCGGCUCCGCGCGCGACGACGCGCCCCGUUGUGGCGAGGAAGCCGUCGAAGUCUUGCGGGGCGCGUUGGUGGCGGUGGCUUCAUCCAUCGAUGAUGUGCCUUUGCUAAUACGCGCGACGGCGGCGACGCCUGGAGUAGCUCUAGGCGGCGCGUGGAGCGACGCGUUACAUUGCCGCGGCCUCGCGCUCGUGCGGGACGUCGGCCGCGGGUUCGUGGACGUGUACGCGCCCUUUGAGGUAUGUGAGGGCGACCUCUUGCUGCGGGGCGUGCUGGCGCCGCCCGUCGAGCUGCUGUACCGGGGUCCCGACCACGUGCGCUUCGACUUUUUGUCGUCGGAGUCGGUCGGUGCCGACCACGCCAUGCGUGGGCGGGGCGGGAUCAUGCGCAAAGCGGCGAAGCGCGGGCGUGAUGAUGAUGAUGAUGGCCGCGCGUCGCCCGGGCAUUACGGGCCCGCCAGCUAA